GUUUAAAUACGCCACACAGAGAAAACUCAAUCAAUCGGCCCAAAAAUGGCAACCAAAAUCGUUCUUCUGACACUUUUGCUGCUAGUUUCGGCCCUGGCUUGGGAAACAAAAGUCUGUAGUAUCGACUGUUCGGGCUCUUCCGGUACCACCGACAGCCCUUCGGGUACCACCUCCACCCCCACCACCGGGGGUUCCGACAGUUCUGGAACUCCCACUUCCAGUGACCCAGACUCCGGAAGCACUGGCUCCGGGUGCCCGUGCACCUGCAGCCCCUCUACUCCGGUGACGGAACCCUCGAGCCACUCCGGGUCCGGAUCCGACAGCAAAUCGUCGGAAAGCAACGAAAGUGACAGAAUUUUGGGACACUCCAAACACCAAAAACUCGGACAUGGUAAGAGCCACCCACACGCCAAACACAACAAACACGAAUCGGGCAAAAGUAACCAUCAACACGCCCAUGACAAGGAGAACCAUCAAGGGUUGGACCAACUGAUCAACCAUGCGAAACAGUUCAUUCCAAUUGGGAAAAACAACCAUAAAGAACAUCCAAAUGCGAAACAUGCGCAUGAGAACAGGGAACAUGCGCACGCGCAUGAGAAGGAACAUGCGCACGCGCACGAGAAGGAACAUGCGCACGCGCAUGACAAACAUAAUGUUCACGAACAGGGGAAACACAACGCGCAUGGAAAACAGUACCAACAUGAGAAACACGAACAUAACUAAAUGAUUUGUGAUCCAAUGUGAAAUUUGAGGUUGUGGGAUAAUAAAAAAUACAUAGCA